AAAAAAAAAAACGAUAGAAAAAGAACAAUAAUAAUAAUAAUUAUUGAACAUUUACGACUGACUACUGAAUAAUAACUUUUAAAUUUUUGAUUUAAAGCUUAAAAAUAAUUUUAAAUUUAGUGUAGACUGUUAAACGUAGAAUGCGGAUACGUUAUGCAUUACUGCGGGUCGCGGGUCGCGGACGUCAGACGCCUAGGUCUACUAAAGGUAUACUACUUAUCUAUGCGCCUGACUGGCGAGACGUGAAUACGUGACUCAUACAGUAAUCCGUUCUUAAAUUUUGCAACGUACUUACGACUUCCUUACUACACUUACUCAGUGCGACUAUAAACUAUAGCAUAACGUAUCUAUCUAUCAUAUUGUAUUUGUUUAUUUUAGGAAUUCAAAUGGACUCGAAACUUUAUUAUUUCCUUGUUUCUACAUAAGACACAAUAUUAUGAUUUCUGUUGUAUACAAUAUUUUGUGAAUCUAGUUUAAUUAACCAUGUUAAAGACCGAAGGCCGUUUUAUAGUAAUAAUUAAUUAUUUAAUUGAUGACAUAUUUUGUGUUGAUGUGUAUAUAGAACAAUAAUAACUGCAAUUAUAAUACUAGGUUUACAAUGUUAAGUCUGAUAGUUGAAAAUUAUACAUGAAUACUUUGUACUUACAUUAUUCUUCAUUUUUUUAGUUUGUCGUUUGUGGAACUUUAUAUAGUAUAUUAUUAUUAUGGCAACAUUAGUGGAAACAGAUGAUAGUACAUUAUCAUAUGAAAAACUUAAAAACUUAUGUAAAGAAAAUGUUAUUUAUUUUACUAAUAACGAAAGAAAUGGUUCGACUGCCAUGGCUAAUUGUUUUGAACAACUGCUUCAAAAUAUUGAUAAUAUAAAACCUUUGGUUUUUGAAUUGCGUAAUGUCUGUCAUUUAUAUGAUUUUGAUCCAUCUGUACCUGGUAAUGGAUAUCGAAGUUAUGUCACAGUUGUUGAUUUAUUUAUUGCCCAUUGCAUUAAAAUUUGUAAUCAAAUGGCCGUCAAUCGUGAUUCAUUUUUUUUCCGUAAAACAUUUUAUACAAAAGAGAUUGAAUCAUGUAACCAAGUGAUGAGUGCGUUGGUAUUGUGCUUAGAAAACUUAUGUCUUUUAAUUGGUUGGAGUGAACCAGGAAUGUUAUUUGCUGGAAAUGAUACUGCAGCAUUAGAACUCAUGAUGAAAAUUGAACCAUCUAAACUAUGCCCUUUUUAUGGGCGCUGUUUGGCUUUUCAAUUUAAUGAGUCACUACAGCCUGCUUUGAAAACUAUUGCUAUAAUGAUGGCUGCUUUUAGUGAAGUCUACUAUAAUGAAAAUGGCAUGUUGGCUAGGGCUAAUACUGCAUGGAAUUGUAGCAAAUAUAUGUUAAAUCCAGAAUUGAGAGCUCGUAGAAUUGUUAAUGUCAUUCAGUAUUCUUCAAUAGAAUUUUACAAAGCAUUUUUAUUCCUUGGUGAAACUGAACUGUUAAAAAGUUUACCGAACCUAGUUUCUCCUGCGGUAGCUAUAAAUCGGUUAAUAGCAAUUCCUAGCAAAUCAUUUUUUUACUUGAAACCAGAUGGAGAAUUAUUUGAACUUCAGCCUCCUUUAUGCCAUAUUGGACCUGCUGCCCUAAAUGCUCGACUAAUUGCAAAAACUAAACGUGAAGGCAUGUUGGCAGAAAAUCCCGGAAGCGGGGUGCUACCAGAACCAUGUGAAAAUCUUAUCAUUCACUGCCAUGGAGGUGGUUUUGUAUCUCAAAGUUCAAGUUCUCACGAAUCAUAUUUAAGAGAUUGGGCAGUUCGUUUAGACAUUCCCAUAUUGUCUAUUGAUUAUUCUCUAGCACCGAGAGCACCAUAUCCUAGAGCUAUGGAAGAACUAUUAUUUGCUUACAUUUGGGCAUUAAGUAAUGCAGCUUAUUUGGGUUCUACUGCUAAACGUGUCAUAAUGGCAGGUGACUCGGCUGGAGGAAAUUUAAGUGCUUGUGUAGCAUUAAAAUGUAUAGAAAUGGGUUUCAGAAUACCUGACAGCUUAUUUUUGGCAUAUUUUCCUUGUGCAAUAGCUUGGUCUCCAACACCUGCAAGAUUUCUGAGUUUAAUAGAUCCACUAAUACCUCUAGGUUUUAUGACUAAUUGUUUGAAGGCCUAUGCUUGUUCUCCUGACAUCUAUCAAGAUAGUUUGUAUGAGUAUAAAUUGAAAAAUAUGGCGAAACCAAAAGAUGGCACUAAUGAAGGCUUUAUAGAAGAAGUUGAAUCUAGUGAAGAAGCUCUAGAGUUAAUACAAAACACCAACGAUGAUAGUCAAUCAGUAAUAACUCCAGUUGAAGAAGUUAUUAUGGCUGCACAUGAACGAAGACAAUCCAGACGAUUCUCAACAAUAUUGACAGAAACAGCAGAAAAUAUAAGUUCUGCUAUUACCACCACAUUCAUUACACUAACUGGAGGAACAGCUGAAGAAGAUAUUAGUGAUAGCGAAGAUGCAUUAAAUGAAGUAGUAGAAGAAACACCAUUACCAAUAGAUUUACCAAAGUUACCAGAAGAUCCAUUUUUAUCACCCUAUUUUGCAAAUGAUGAUCUUUUUAAACAGCUGCCACCUAUUCAUAUUGUGACAGUACACAUGGAUCCAUGCUUAGAUGAUUGCGUUAUGUUUGCUAAACGGUUAAAAGAACUUGGGAAAAAAGUGAAUAUGGAUAUUCUAAAAGGAUUACCUCAUGGCUUUUUAAAUUUAGCUAUUACCUGCAAAGAAGCGCAUGAAGGAUCAGUAUUGUGUGCUCAACGUAUCGCAGAUUUAUUUAAAGAAAUUGAAAUAUGUGAAUGUUAGUACUCUUUUUGAAUCUCAUUUCAUAAAAAAUAAUUUAAUGAAUUAUACUUGUGUUCUAAAUGCUGUACUUACUAUUACCAUUGGUUAUAAAUAAUUGAGUAUUUAUAAUCAAUGUUACUACUAUCAAUGUGUAAAAUAUUUAAAAUCAUGAAGAUAAUAUUCUAAAUUCUAGUAUUUUGUAUGAACUUAUGAUAUUAAGUAUUAACAGGUGUAUAGUACUAUGGUGCUAACAUUUAAAAGUAGAGGAAGCCCAAUAUGUUGUCUCAGUCUUACAAUAUAGCAAUUUCGUGUAGUAACGCUAAGUAAUAAAGUGAAUUGUAUACCAUUAAACUUAUAAGUAACAUGAUCUGUUUUCACAAUAUUUUAAUUUUUAAAUUAUAGUCACGUUUGUAAGACGGAGACAAGAAACACAUGAGUGGCGUCCUCAUAAGAUACCAUGGGUAACUAUAGUUUUCAUACUAUUUUAUCUUAGUACUUUAACAACAAGACAAUUUUUUUAUGUGUGUUUAUUUUUUACUGUAUGUAUAUUUACAGUAUGUGUUCUAUUAUUAUAAUGUAUUAAUACAAUAAACAAUUAAGAAAGCUAA